AUGCAUCUAUCACCAGUGAUGACCAUGCCUUAUAUCCCAAGCAACAUUACUCCCCGCCCGCCCAACUCGAAGCCAAGGCAGAAGCAGGAGCCUUCAAGUCCUACGCCAGCCCCCAUAUUAGUCCUAGGUGAACGAAGAGUCAAGCCUAGACUGAGCAAGCCAAGUCUGGAUCCCGUUUUGGAGAGUGAUCAGCGACUUUCGAGGGAUGUUGAACAGAUGGUCUCUGGAGAUGCCAACAGAGUGACAAGAAAGCAUUCGCUACCCAUCCUCUCCAGAAUACGAGGCGAGAUCUCUGAUGAGCCAGUCAUAUUGAAGCAGAGUGACGAGGUAGGUGAUCGAAUACGGUGUGCGUCUGUCGUAGUGGCAGAGAUCAAGACCAAUGUCAUUAUCGAAGACGAGUUCACUUUUAUUACCGAAUUGUCAGAGUAUCUUUCCAUACGCUACAAUCGUCCUGCGUCCUGCAUCGUAACGACGCUUCAGCAUGGCAUCUGCAUCCAUUUUGGCGGGAGCUGUGAUCCGUCUUAUACCAUGAAGAUUGGAGCACUCGAUCGCGACAUGCAACCUGCAGCAAAUAAACGCAACAUUGCUCUCUUCCAACGGCACAUGGAACAAGCUCUGGGUAUUCCUGCGUCCAGGGGUUAUCUCAGAUUUGUUCCUGUUCCUGAGGACUGCGCCGGGUGGAAAAGCAAUACUAUUGCUGGGGAGAUAUCAGAAGCUAAAGACCGUGCUCAGGCGGUGACUGAACGUCGAGGGUCUAUCAGAGCUCCGAGACGAAGGUCCAGCAAGGCGUUUCGAGAAACGAUAAGCAAAGCAGCGACAUCGGUGUUAACGGAGACUACUCAGCAGAACGAUAUAACCACAAGAGUACCCAAAGGCGACCCUGUAGCUGACAAGCUGGUAGUUGGCGACGAGGCUCAUUCUGGGAAAGAUGGAACAAAGGUGGUGAAGCGCAGAAAGAGUUUUAUUCAAGCUCUAUUCCCGAGAUCUUCAAGUCGAAUAACGGACAGGGGAACAGAAGUUGGGAAGUGA